AUAUGGGAUGCACGGCCGGAGCCGGAGACAUAAGCAAAGUAAACAACCAAGGAGAAUGAGGACUACACUGGCAUUGACGCUGCUGUUCGGCUGCCUAACAGCGAGCUUUGUGAAAGCGACGGAUGUGAAGAAUCCUGAAGAAAUUAUGAAAAAAUGCGUGACCGAUUUGGGAGUGACUGAGCAGGACGUUUUGGAUCUGAAGCUGGGCAAGGUGAAGCCGGCAGACGUCAAGGACAACGUGAAGUGUACCGCCCAGUGCGUGAUGGUGGCAAGUGGAUAUAUGGAUGCGAAAGGAAACCUGCUGAAGGACAAGAUCAAGAAGCAAUACGCCGACCAUCCCCAAAAGGAUGUAAUUAAUAAGGCCCUGGAGGUCUGUGGAGGCGUAAAGGGAGCCAAUGCCUGCGACACCGCUUUCCAAAUCGUCUACUGCGUCCAGACCCAUGGCCACUCAUUCCAAUAAGACACUGUUGCCAAAAACAAAAUACAAUUAUAGAACCAAAAACAUAAAAAUUCAAAAACUGGCAUAAUAUUCCAGUAUAAUUUUGUUGCUAAAGAGCAUAAAGAAUAAUAGCAGCUAUUCAUGUUAAUAUACAAUCAUUAGUUAGCAAAAUAUCUCUUAAGAGGAGGCAUAAUAAAGAAUUUCAAAACUAC